UCAUUUCAGUUGUGCUUUAACUUUGGAAUUCGUCUGAUGGAAAUUAGUGUGGUCUCUUAAAAAUAUUUUUUGCUUUUAUAGAGUUUAGCGUUCUGCUAGUUGUAUUAUAUAAUUACACCGCUGUAUUUCGAUCAGAGUGGAUUUGAUAGUAACGAUAGUGCUGGUAAAAAUAUUUUUCGGUAAUCCAUUUUUUGAUUAAUUUUUUUCCUUCAAAGCUAUGGAUAUUGCAUUUACUAUCAAUGGAAAGCGUUAUAAAGUCGACGCAAACACGAUCUCAGUCGACACUUCGCUCAAUACAUUUAUUAGGAAUCAUGCACAUCUUAAAGGAACCAAAUUUAUGUGCCUGGAAGGGGGUUGUGGUGUCUGCAUCGUUACCCUAAAAGGAGUUCAUCCUGCGACGAAACAACAGCGAACAUGGGCUGUGAACUCAUGUUUGUGGCCGGUGUAUUCUUGCCACGGUUUGGAAGUGACAACCGUUGAGGGUGUUGGAAAUAAGAAGGAUGGCUAUCAUCCAGUUCAGACUCGUCUUUGGCAAUUAAAUGGGACUCAGUGCGGUUAUUGCUCACCAGGCAUGGUGAUGAACAUGUAUAGCUUACUCGAAGGGAAUAAUGGCAAGGUCUCCAUGGACCAAAUCGAAAAUUCAUUUGGUGGAAAUAUUUGUCGAUGCACGGGAUAUCGACCUAUUUUGGACGCCUUUAAAUCAUUGGCAGUGGAUGCUGAUGAAAAAUUGGUUGCAGCGUGCACGGAUAUUGAAGACUUGACAAAGGUUUGUCCUAAAACGGGAAGUCCGUGUGCAGGAUCAUGUCACAAAGUACCUGUUCACCUCAACUUAAAUGAUAAUCAAAGGGAAUGGCAUAAAGUCUUCGAUUUACAGUCGCUUUUCGACGUUUUGUCGAAAUCAGGCAACAAGCCCUACAUGUUGGUUGCCGGGAAUACUGCUCAUGGUGUCUAUCGAAGAAGCGAAGAUUUGGAGAUGUUUAUCGAUGUUAAUGAUGUUGAUGAGCUACGAUCACACUCGCUCGGCAAUGAAUUGGUGAUUGGAGCUAAUGUAAACUUGACCGAAACCAUGGACAUUUUGACUAAAGCAUCGGCUACACCAGGCUUCGAAUACUGUAAGCAAUUGGUCCAACACAUGGACCUGAUUGCCAAUGUACCGGUUAGAAAUUGCGGUACCAUUGCUGGAAAUUUGAGCAUUAAACAUGCUCAUAAAGAGUUUCCUUCGGACAUGUUCAUCAUUUUAGAGGGGUGCGGAGCAAUGUUGACUAUCACUGCUAAUGGAAACUCCACAUCGUCGGUUAGUGUUGCCGAAUAUCUCAAGACGGAUAUGACAAAGAAGGUUUUGCUUAAUGUUAAGCUGCCAACAUUGGAUCCAACCACGUACAAAUUUCGAUCUUACAAAAUUAUGCCUCGUGCCCAAAAUGCACACGCCUACGUUAAUGCUGCGUUCCUUUUCAAAUUCAACGGCGACAUUGUGGAGUCAGCUCGCAUUUGCUUCGGCGGCAUUAAUCCCGGAUUCAUUCAUGCCACCAAUACUGAGAAAAAUCUACAGGGAAAAAAUCUCUACACAAACGAAACACUCCAAUCGACGAUUUCGGAUUUAACCAACGAAAUUCAGCCCGAUUGGGUACUUCCAGACGCUUCUCCUGAAUACCGUAAAAAUCUGGCAAUUUCGCUGUUCUAUAAGUUUGUGUUGAAAACAUCACCGGAAGACAAAGUGAAACCGGAAAACAAAAGCGGUGGAGAAAUUUUGCACCGACCUCUGUCGAGUGGCAAGCAAAUGUUUGACACGUACAAAGAUAAAUUUCCACUCACGCAGCCAGUUCCGAAGUAUGAAGGCUUGAUUCAGGUCUCCGGCGAGGCUCAAUACUCCAACGAUAUUCCCCAACUCGACAAUGAGUUGUGGGCCGCUUUCGUUCCUGCCACGAAAGUUCGCGCAAAAAUUGGUAAAAUCGAUGCCAGUGAUGCUUUGAAAAUUCCUGGAGUUCGCUACUUCUUUUCGGCUAAAGACAUCCCCGGAAAAAACAACUUCAGCCCAAAACUAUUUGGAAUUGUGGAGGAGGAGGAGAUUUUUGUUGGAGAAAACAGUGACAUUCUUUUUAAUGGUCAACCAGCUGGUGUAAUACUGGCGGACACAUUUUCACUUGCCAAUUCUGCAGCUUCGAAAGUGAAAAUAACUUACGUUGAAAGUGAUACUGUUUAUUCUAUGGCACGGUCGUUGCUAAAUCCUUUACUUGGCGUUGAAACUGACAAACAAAUAAUUCCAACGAUCCGAGAUGCAUACGAUCUGAAUGCAGAAGAUCGCUUCAGUGAGUCUCCACACAGUCGAAAAGCUACACAUUAUGGCACAAAUGCAACAAAGACCAUUUCUGGUCGUUUUGAAGUCGGAAGUCAAUAUCAUUACACUAUGGAAGCUCAGACUACGUGCUGCAUCCCAUCCGAAGAUGGUAUUGAUGUCUAUUCAGCCACUCAGUGGAUGGAUUACAUGAACAUUGCUAUAGCUGAAUGCCUAAAAGUGCCGGAAAAUUCGAUCAAUAUGAUUGUUCGUCGUUUGGGUGGUGGGUAUGGAUCAAAAAUUUCCCGAUCGAGUCAAGUAGCGUGCGCUUGUGCAUUAGCAUGCCAUUUAACUAAUCAGCCCGUACGAUUCGUUAUGAGCAUUGAAUCGAAUAUGACGACAAUGGGAAAACGUUACGCUCUGAUCAAUGAGUACGAAGUUGAAGUCGAUGAUAAUGGAAAAAUUCAAAAACUGAAAAACAGCUACGCUCAAGAUUCCGGUUGCUCCUUAAAUGAGUCGGUUGACUUUGCUACAAACCACUUCUUUCAAAAUUGUUAUUUGAACAACACUUGGGAUAAUAAAGGGCAAUUUGUAAAAACCGACGCUCCCAGUCACACUUGGUGUAGAGCACCAGGGACCACGGAAGGAAUAGCAAUGAUUGAGAAUAUAAUGGAACAUAUUGCAAAAGAGGUCGGAAAAGACUCAAUUUCGGUGAGAUUGGCGAAUAUGGGUGACGAUAGCAACAUCAAGACAAUGAUGCCAGACUUUUUAAAGGAUGUUGAUUUCGCUGAGCGGCAAAAGGAGGUCGACGAAUUUAACAAAAACAAUCGCUGGAGGAAACGCGGUAUUGCAGUCGUACCAAUCAAAUAUCCGCAAGAAUAUUUUGGUGCAUACCAAGCAUUUGUUACCAUUUAUCAAUUCGAUGGUACUGUUGCAAUUAGCCACGGAGGUAUCGAAAUGGGACAAGGCAUUAACACAAAAGUAGCCCAAGUUGCUGCUCAUGUACUAGGCAUUCCAUAUGAAUUCGUUAAAGUAAAACCGUCAAACAAUUUGAUCUCUGCCAACUCCUUCGUUACGGGAGGCAGUCAGACCAGCGAGACUGUUUGCUUUGCCGUUAAAAAAGCUUGUGAAGUGUUGUUGGAUCGCUUGAAACCUGUACGAGACGAAAUGAAAGACGCUGCAUGGCCUGAUGUUACAAGGGCUGCUUACAAUAAAUUCAUUGAUUUGAGUGCAUCGCAUCUAUUCAAUCAAACCGAAUUGCAGACAUAUAUCAUAUGGGGCCUGAGUUGUGCGGAAAUCGAAACGGAUCUCCUUACUGGGAAUAUCCAGUUGCGCAGAGUUGACAUUUUAGAAGACACAGGCGAAAGUAUGAGCCCACUGGUGGACGUGGGACAGGUUGAGGGUUCUUUUAUCAUGGGCGUUGGUUAUUGGCUAACCGAAGUAUUGGUUUACGAUCGAGAAAAUGGCGAACUUUUAACUAACCGUACAUGGACGUAUAAGCCACCCGGCGUAAAAGACAUACCGGUAGAUUUCCGCAUUAAAUUCUUACAGAAGAGUUCAAAUCCAUUUGGAGUUCUUCGGUCGAAAGCCACUGGAGAACCUGCAGUUUGCAUGGCUAUUGUUGUGCUGUUUGCCUUGCGAUAUGCGUUAGAUUCUGCUAGAAGUGAUGCUGGAGUUGCAGAAAAGUGGUUUAACUUGGGGGCUCCGUCAACUCCAGAUGUUAUAUUCUUAAAUGCAGGAAAUUCAUCUUCGUCUUACACUCUUCACUGAUGAAAUAAUUAUCGAUUAUGGUGGUGGGAAAAAUUUUGAAAUCUACUUUAUUGUAUUCCUUGUAUAAUGUGAUGAACAAUAAACAUUUGCUAU